AUGGCUUUCAUGAAAACUUCAAACUCACAUUCUGUAUUAUUGAAGCACAUACUAAAGAGAUGUUCAAGCAUGGGUAUGAAACAACCACAACAAUACGAGGAUGUUCCAAAAGGCCACUUUGUUGUGUAUGUUGGCAAAAACCGUAGUCGAUACAUCAUCCCUAUUUCAUUCUUGUCACGUCCCGAAUUCCAAACGCUGCUUCUACAAGCCGAAGAAGAGUUUGGAUUCAAUCAUGACAUGGGUCUCACCAUUCCUUGUGAAGAGAAAGUAUUUGAGUCAAUUACUUCUAUGCUAGGUUGA